CAGCGCUAGCGGCGCAGGGGGUGGGCGGCGGCGGCGGCAUGAGGCGCGGGGCCGGCGCCCGCGGGAGGGAGGCGCUGCCGGCGGCCCGGCAGCUCCCGCUGCAGCUGCUUGCCGGGCUCGCCGUGCCCUGCUUGCGGGGCCCCGGACGCUCUCGUCCCGGCCGCCGCCCGGGCCGCCUGUGGUGACCAUCCGCCGCGCCGCCCGAGGCUUCACCCGCGCCCUCCCCCAGGGCGCGCCCGCGGAGCUCCGGCCCCAACGCCUGCUCGCGGAGGCCGCGCCGGGCGGCGGCGAGGCCGGAAGAUGGCCUGGGUGCUCAAGAUGGACGAGGUGAUCGAGUCCGGGCUGGUGCACGACUUCGAUGCCAGCCUCUCGGGCAUCGGGCAGGAGCUGGGCGCCGGCGCCUACAGCAUGAGCGAUGUCUUGGCGUUGCCCAUUUUUAAACAAGAAGAUUCCAGCCUUCCACUGGACGGUGAGACUAAACACCCACCCUUUCAGUAUGUGAUGUGCGCUGCCACCUCGCCCGCGGUAAAACUGCACGACGAGACUCUCACGUACUUGAACCAAGGUCAGUCUUAUGAAAUUCGGAUGCUGGAUAACCGGAAAAUGGGAGAUAUGCCUGAGAUCACUGGAAAAUUGGUAAAGAGCAUCAUAAGAGUUGUAUUCCAUGACAGACGGCUACAAUACACAGAGCAUCAGCAGCUUGAAGGCUGGAAGUGGAAUCGUCCAGGAGACAGACUUCUCGAUUUAGAUAUUCCAAUGUCUGUGGGAAUAAUUGACACAAGGACAAAUCCAAGCCAGUUAAAUGCGGUUGAAUUUCUGUGGGACCCUGCGAAGCGCACGUCUGCUUUCAUUCAGGUACACUGCAUCAGCACAGAAUUUACUCCCCGGAAGCACGGAGGUGAGAAGGGAGUGCCUUUCAGGAUUCAGGUCGACACCUUUAAGCAGAAUGAAAACGGAGAAUACACGGAUCAUCUACACUCAGCUAGCUGCCAAAUCAAAGUGUUUAAGCCUAAAGGUGCAGACAGGAAACAAAAAACGGACCGAGAGAAGAUGGAGAAGAGAACAGCUCACGAGAAGGAAAAGUAUCAGCCAUCCUAUGACACCACCAUCCUCACCGAGAUGAGGCUUGAGCCUAUAAUUGAAGAUGCAGUUGAACAUGAGCAGAAAAAGUCCAGCAAGCGGACUUUGCCAGCAGACUACGGUGAUUCUCUGGCAAAGCGAGGCAGUUGUUCUCCAUGGCCCGAUACCCCCACAGCCUACGUGAAUAGCAGCCCUUCCACAGCGCCCGCCUUCACGUCCCCACAGCAGGGCACUUGCAGCAUCCCCGACAGCAAUUCUUCUUCCCCAAACCAUCAGGGAGAUGGAGUUUCACAGGCCUCCAGUGAACAACUUCAGCCUUCAGCCACGAUCCAGGAAACCCAACAAUGGCUGCUCAAAAACAGAUUCUCUUCCUACACAAGACUGUUUUCCAAUUUUUCAGGUGCCGACUUAUUAAAACUGACAAAGGAGGAUCUAGUACAAAUUUGUGGUGCAGCCGAUGGAAUUCGGCUCUAUAAUUCCCUGAAGUCCAGGUCGGUUAGGCCCCGCCUGACCAUCUAUGUCUGCCAGGAGCAGCCGAGCAGCUCACCGCUGCAGGGCCAGCAGCCGGCUGGCGGCGGAGGCGACAGUGGCAGUGGGACGCCGUACGUUUAUCAUGCAAUCUACUUGGAAGAAAUGGUUGCUUCAGAAGUUGCUCGAAAACUUGCAUUGGUGUUUAAUAUUCCUUUCCACCAGAUUAACCAGGUCUACAGACAGGGGCCCACCGGUAUUCACAUUCUUGUUAGCGAUCAGAUGGUUCAGAACUUUCAAGAUGAGAGUUGUUUUUUAUUCUUCACAGUAAAAGCUGAGAACGGUGAUGGUAUCCACAUAGUUUUGAAGUGAUGUCGUACUUAGUCUGAACUAUAUUCAGUACCAAAUAAAGUCACGCUUAAAAGUGUGUGAAGACUGAAUCCAAGAAGUCUUGGGAUUGGAUUUUACCGUAUGAAAUGUUUCAUAUUGAAAACACAAGAUGACCUUUCUAAUGAGCUGUAUGAGAGGCGAAUCUCCUCACUGUCACUGCCAUAGCCAAGCAUCCUCGUGAGAGUGAGCACGUCGGGACAGCACGCGUGCGGCUCUGGGGCCACGUGCCAGCGGGGCUGCCUGCUUCUCUGGCAGAGGCCAGUAGAUACAGUUCCUAGAAGCAGCCUUUGCUGUCUUUUUACACUGUAUGCGGUUUGGAAAUGAAUGUAAAAAUGUACUGUGGGCAUUUACCUUUCUGUGCCAGUUUGGCUUUUAUUGCCUGAACCUUAUGCUGACCCAGAGCAGGGGUGGGGGACAGUGGUGUCGUGGAGCCAGCACGGAAUCUGUCUGCAGAUGCGAUGUGCCGAGACCAUGAUCAGGGGUCAGGUAAGAGGCUUGGCACCUUCUCGGAAGAAAUCAUGUCUAAGGGUGUGUGUGAUGGGCUGUGCCAGAUCGGGAAAGAUCCGAGCCAGGAAGGCGGGCUUGAAGCAAACUGCAUUAUCAAGAGUACCUUGGUGAGAGGAUCAGUGUAAAUCCUAAUAGGUACAAAGACUUUUGUGUUUUUGCUUUGUCACAGAUUAUUGAAAACCUUUUGCUUCUGCUUCCAUUUUUAGAGUUUUGUUUCUGGUUUUCAUUUUUGAAGUCCCUUUUAAACUCGUGUGGUAUUCCUCCCUUUCUCUGUCCCUCCCCUCCCCACCCACCCUACCCUGUUCCUGAAUGUUUUUAAAGCCCUGUCCCAGACAA